AUGACGUGGUUUUGGAAAGCCAAUAUCGAUCCUUGGUCGUCGAAUGAGGCAGAAGAAUGGAUUCCAUUUGCAGAUAUUAUUAGCGGUCAAAUCGAACAAGCCUAUCAAGGUCAACAAUCAGAAGUGAUGAUCAGUGAAAACUAUAAAAUUGAUUUGAACAGACUUUUACAAGUCGAUAUUCAUGAUUUUGAUAAACAACGACCAAUUCGACGAUGUUCCAAGACAGGAGAUAUUGUCGCUUUUUAUCGUCGCCAACGAUUCAAUUUUGCCCAGCCUAUCCGACGUUCUAUGACCGAUGAUACACUCGACUAUGGAUGCAACUUUAUUACUGAUUGGUUGAUCCUAUUCACAAAAGGCACAUUGAAAUUUAAGACAUCUUCGUUGAUCGCGGCUCUCAUCUCUGGUAUACUCGUUGAAGGCGAAAAACAGAACCAUCUUGUUGCAGCUCAAUCUUUGAUAGAAGAAAUUCAAUCGAUAAAAAAAAAGACAAUCGGAAAGUUGCAACGCUGUUGUGCUCGACUGUACACUAAACCUUGUUUCUUAUUCAGAUCGGUGAAUAGAACAUUGCGUGAUGAUGAUCGCUCAAAGUUGGACACACUUGGUCCAUUCUGCUAUUUGGUGUUUAAUUAUAUCAACAUACGACACAAUGAAUAUUUAUCCAUACGCAAUCAAUUGAAACGAUUUAUAAAAAGAACAGAUAAUACGUCAGAAAUAACUGUUUAUCGCGGUGAAACACUGUCACAUGAUGAUAUUGAAAUGUAUCGAAAAGCAGCGGGGAAAGGUGAUUUCUACAAAUGGUUGUCAUUUGUAUCCACAUCUCGAUCACGCGAUGUUGCUGAAAAGUUUGGAGCCAAUGUUUUGCACAUUAUCACAAUUAGACGAUUCUCAUCCAACGAUCAAUACACAGAUCUACAAUCGAUUGCAUAUUGUAAAGACGAAGAAGAAAUUCUACUACGACCAGGUGUUCGAUUCAAAGUUGAUGAUGCUUAUGACGAUCCAAACAGUGAACGAUGUAUAUUUCAUAUCCAAAUUGAACCGUCAUUCAUUUCGAACUUGAUGUAG